AUGGAGCAUGGAGUAGGCAAGUUGCUCGGGAGUUACUGGGGAAAUCUAGAACUUGCUCUGGAGAGGCGGAAAAGGAGCCCCGAACAAGGAACAGUCGCUGCGGAAUACCGCUGGUGGAUGAUAGCUUGGGUAGAUAAACUGGCGCCAGACUCUGGCCUGGCGAAUAUCCCCAGUUUCAUAGGAGAUGUUCGUCGUGGUGGGUCCAAGAUAAGGAGGCGUAUGCGAGCGGCAUCGCAGUAGGGGCAUUUCGAGAGCUAUUCCAUCAGAGCCAUUGAGGUUGCCUGUUUCCGUGACACGACCUAAACGUCCUUUGAUAUCUUGACCGCUACUAUUUCCAGGUCUCCCGUCUGGCAUCCAAUGCUUUUUGUGACCCUUCUUUGGGUACACCAGCCUUUACGAGCUACCUCACACUCGCACUGCUACCGACCUCCGUGAGGGCUGCGUUUGGACAUGGAGGGCUCGUUGAGCUGGUGCUGAUCCAUGCGAUCCGCAAAUCCCCAUCCACUCCUGUGUGUGCACUUCUCAUUACUCCUUGAAGGGCCCUUCUCGCAUCCGUUUCUUUCCAAUCAUCUCCUCCCCUGUGUCUAAUGCCUUCCAUUAUCCUGUGUCUGCUGCUCUUAUAACCUCCCACAUAUAAUUGCUGGUAAAUUUCAUCCAGAGUGA